AUGCAUAACACAGAGUCCACGGCAGGAGGAAAUGUGAGUUUCCCCAAUAUAUUUAUCCUUUUAGGAUUCUCAGAGCAUCCAUGGCUGGAGAUUCCCCUCUUUGCAGUGGUCCUGGUCUCCCACGUCUUCACCCUGAUAGGGAACAGCUCCAUCAUCCUUCUCUCCAUGCUAGAUUCCAGACUCCAGACCCCUAUGUACUUCUUCCUGGACAAUCUCUCUGUGCUGGACCUCAUUGUCACCUGCACCAUUGUGCCACAGCUAUUGGACAAUCUCUGGGGUCCAGAGAAGACCAUUGCUUCCUGGGGCUGCAUCACACAGGCCUAUGUUUUCCACUGGACAGGCUGCACCGAAUGCACCUUACUGGCAGUGAUGGCCUUUGAUAGAUAUGUGGCAAUCUGCCAUCCCCUCAGGUAUACUGUCAUCAUGCACUCCUGGGUGUGUGUAAGGCUGGCAGCUGUCUCCUGGUCCAGUGGCUUGGCCAAUUCUCUGCUCCAAUCCAUACUCACCCUCCAGCUUCCGCUCUGUGGACAGCAUACUCUGGACCAUUUCUUCUGUGAGGUGCCUGCUCUAAUCAAGCUUGCCUGUGGUGAUACCACUGUUAAUGACUUCUCCCUGGCCUUGGGAGCCAUUCCUUUUGGCAUGAUUGCUCCCCAACUUGUUCUUAUCUCCUACAUCUUCAUUGUGAGGACUGUGCUGAAGUUACCUUCAGCUGAGGGAAGGCAGAAGGCACUCAGCACCUGCAGCUCCCACUUGAUGGUUGUCACCAUGUACUUUGGGCCAGGCAUCUACAUGUACCUCCAACCUCCAUCCAAAAGUUCCCACAUGAAAUUCAUGUCCUUCUUCUACUGCAUCAUCACCCCUCUGCUCAAUCCAUUCAUUUAUACACUGAGAAGCAAGGAUGUGAAGGCAGCAUGGAAGAAGAUCUUAAAACCCCAGGAUGAGGGAAAUUAUUUCAAAGCCAGAUAA